GACACAGUAUACGUCGCGUUUGCGUCAUCAUACCGUGAACAGCGCUCAAACGGGGAGGACGUGGGAUGAACAAGUGUGCAGUGCAUUAUUAGAAACAUUGUUUUAUUUUUUUCAAAUGUUUCUAAUAUCGGAAUUAUAAAGUACAAAGUAUUAGGAUAGGGUUCAAGAAAUACACGUCGCCAUCAUGGCGUCGGACGAACAAUUUUCAUUAUGUUGGAACAAUUUCCACGCAAAUAUGUCAGCAGGCUUUCAUGGCCUGCUGUCGCGUGGAGAUUUAGUAGAUGUCACAUUAGCUGCCGAAGGCAGGCUAUUGCAGGCACACAAAUUAGUCCUAUCAGUAUGUUCUCCCUACUUCCAGGAGAUGUUCAAAAUGAACCCAACUCAGCAUCCAAUAGUAUUUUUAAAAGAUGUUAGUCAUUCAGCGUUAAGGGACUUAUUACAGUUUAUGUACCAAGGUGAAGUUAAUGUUAAGCAAGAAGAGUUAGCGUCGUUUAUUAGUACCGCGGAACAGCUUCAAGUGAAAGGUUUAACCGGUAAUCAAAAUGAAGAAAGUUCCACGCCAUCCAAACCAAAGCCGACCUCAAGGCCAGGCCCGAGGUCGUCACAACAAAGGCAAUCUGUUAUGACUAAGUUAGAGACUGAUUUAGAUUCUAAGCCCUCCUCAACUCCAGUAGCAAUUAAGCGACCAAAUAGGCCAUCAAUAGCAUCAAACAAUUCCUCAUCUUCACAAUCUGGACCUGUGAAACGAAAAUGUGUGGACCCAUUAGAAGCCGGACCAUCUGGAUCAGCUAAAGAAGAAUUCGUUACGAUACCUGACGAAGAUGAAAACAACGCCGUGGCACCCAAAAUGGAACCCGAAUUUGUUAACGAAAGUAUGUGGGAUGAUGACGAUGACGGAACGAAUAAUGAUGAAACAAAUUUCGGCGAAGAUGAUUCAAAUAUGGAAAUGACUGGAUUCGAUGGCUCAACAACUGGCGAUGGCAAUUUGACUGGUGGUGCGGAAGGUGGAGCUGUAGGUGAUGCGCAAGUUGCAGGCAACGAAGUGGCCACGCCCACGACGCCCACGCUGGGGCUUCCGUUCCCGUUCCCUUGCUUCCCCGGGCAGUUCCGCUACUGCCUGAGCAAGCGUGGCAAGCCAGCCAUCGAGGUGGGCGCGCACCGGUUCUGCUUUAACGGACGCGCAGCCAGUGGGAAAGUGUGGUGGCGGUGUUCCCGCAACCCCCGCUGCCGCGCCGCCGUGCACACCUUCGGCCUGCGCGUCGUGCAGAUGAACAGCGCGCAUACCUGCGGCGUCCGCGCCACCCCGCUCAGGCCUAUGUUCUAACCACGAGCUCGCCCUCACAUCCAGGCGGAUUAUUAUGAUCGCUUUAAGGUUACUUAUCGCUGCGCACAAAUACGUCCCUUUCGUCGCCGUCGUCCCUUAUCGGACCCUGACGAUUGUCCUGACAACGGCAAUAAGCGAUGAACUUGUUAAUGAUCAAAUGUUUCGUGCGGGUGACGUAACGUUGACGACUCAAUUUAGCCAAGACCGUCGGCUUUUAAUAAAAAUGUUGGUUAGGCACAGAUUGAUGCUUUUGAUGGCAAUUCACAGUUUUCACCGUCAGUCAGCGAUUUUUCGGUGGAGAUAUAUUUGGAUGGGUGAAAUCUUGCUCUCGUGCCUUAAGCCGGCGGUCGAUUACAUUACUCUUAUUGUAGCUUAGUGACAUCACAUCAUGUAUACGAACAUUGACAUGCGAAUUUUAAUUCGCUAUUACCGUCUUUGAUAUUAUUCUCCAAAGAGAUCAAAUGUGUAUUACCUAUAUAUUUAAUUGAAUACCUUUAAAUAGUAGAUAUUUUGCGCUGUGUAAAGUAUACGAAUCUUUUAUAGGAUAGAAAGGCCGUCGUGAACAAAUAACUUGAGACAAUUCUAGAGCGGAGAGCUUCCAUUGCUAAGGGCAGCUAAUAUUAAUAAAAUUAGUACAAAAUAAAUUCUCUCUUGUCUUAUCAUUGACAGUAUUGAUAUACAAUUUCAAUAUGAUAACUAAACAAACAUAUGAAAUGUAUAGUGUAACAGUAAUGGAUCGCGCUCUCGAGUCUCAGUUCUGAUCUUCCGCACACAACGGCCCUAUUAGUUGUAGUUUAUUGUACAAAGUGAUAGUUCUCUUAUGAUAUAUUAUUCUAAGUAUUUUUAUACAUUAUUUUUUUUACGAUUUUAUUCGUAUAUUGCGAAGUAAAUAAAAGGUUGCCGGAGCGUGCCGGCCCUCGGCAGCUCACACGGGUUGGUUUCGAUUGCAGUCAAGAGUAGGAGCUGUGCUUGUCAGAGAGUUGAUAAUGGAUCAUACGUUGUAUACACGAGUAGGACUGCCUAACGACUUGUUAAAGUAGGAAUCUGCAUUUAUUAAACUUCACUUAUAAUAAUACUCAUUGUAUACGUUCUAGUUGUAAGUUUUUUAGUGAGAUUUUAUUAUUCGUAGUUAUUUUUUUGAUCAUUUUAUAUUUUUUAAAGUGGUACUUAUUAUACAGAUUUUUUUAUUUAUGAUUUAUGCCUCGAGCGUACUUUAGGUACAAAUAUUUUACAGUAUCGGCAGGUUAACCGGAUUAUGAAUUUAUGACACUUUACCAAGUUUAACAUAAUAUUUUACGCUGAUUUUGUUUUGUAUUUAAGUGAUAAAGAUGUAUACGAUUCAUUGUAACCUAUGAAGUAUUAUAUUGGAAGUAUUAUUUUGUGUAUUGUGAUAAGAUAUUAUUUUAUGGUUUAGUCCAGAAAGUACUAUGAAUAACAGUAGCUCUAAGCGUCAGUCGUGGAUCGGAAUCGUCUUACUGUGGAAAGAGUUGGGUAGUCUGUGGCCACAAGUUACUUAGUGAGAAACAUUUGCAAAAUGGGGAUACAGGUUUCCCAACUGUUUUUGUCAGCAGACCUGAAUUGUUUAUGCUGUGUAGUGUACUGGUAGCUGGAGACUUGUGUAUAGGUACAAAGAAGUGAUUAUAUUGCGCUGAUGUAAC